GUAUUCAUUUGAGGACCAAUACAAAACUAAACUAGGAUUAAUUACUCUUUACAUUCAAAAGUUCUUCCCCCUUUCGACCAAUCGAGUAGUCACUGGGAAAUUUCAUCGAACGGUUGGGCUACACAUCCAUUUCCGUGCUUUGCUCAUUCAGUGACACUUGACGCAAACCUCUCAAAGGAAAGCGCCAAAAGAGAAGUCUUAUCGAUAUACUCUGUGUAUACGGAACUACAAAACCGACAACUCCUAAUUCAAGCGGCGAUUUAUAGAAGUAUUGGGUGUGUUGCCGAUUCAGAACUAGGUGUUUGGGGAGUUUUUUUUUUUCGGAGCUGAAGUGAAGAACUAUGGAGCUACAGAACACAGUUAAAGAAGCCCUAAAUGCACUGUAUCAUCAUCCAGAUGACGGCGUUCGAAUGCAGGCCGAUCGAUGGCUACAGGAUUUUCAACGAACUAUUGAUGCUUGGCAGGUGGCUGAUAAUCUGCUUCAUGAUGCAUCUAGCAAUCAAGAAACUUUAAUAUUCUGUUCUCAAACUCUCAGAAGCAAGGUUCAACGGGAUUUUGAAGAACUACCUUCUGAAGCUUUUCGUCCGCUACGGGAUUCUCUGAAUACCUUGUUGAAAACAUUUCAUAAGGGUCCCCCAAAAGUUAGAACACAGAUUAGUCUUGCAGUGGCUGCUUUGGCUGUUCAUGUGCCUGCAGAUGAUUGGGGAGAUGGUGGUAUUAUAAACUGGCUUAGGGAUGAAAUGAAUUCUCAUCCUGAGUUUAUACCGAGUUUUCUGGAACUUCUUAGAGUUUUGCCUGAGGAGGAAUUCAACUACAAGAUAGCUGCUCGACCAGAUAGGCGACGCCAGUUUGAAAAAGAACUUGCUUCUGCUAUUGAUACCGCACUUAAUAUCUUGACUGCCUGUUUGAAUAUCAAUGAACUUAAGGAACAGGUCCUUGAGGCAUUUGCUUCUUGGCUACGGCUAAGGCAUAGGAUACCUGCAUCUACCCUUUCUUCACACCCUUUAGUGCUUGCAGCUCUUUCAAGCUUGAAUUCGGAAAUAUUGUCUGAGGCCUCCGUUAAUGUUAUUUCUGAAUUGAUACACUACACAGCAGCAAGAAAUUCCGGCGGAGUUUCGUCAGAGUUGGCCUUGAUUCAAGUAAUUGUUCCUCAAGUUAUGAGUCUGAAACCUCAGCUCAGAGAUCCUUCAAAGGAUGAGGAGGAUAUUAAAGCCAUUGCUCGUUUGUUUUCUGACAUGGGCGAUGCAUAUGUUGAAUUGAUUGCUACUGGUUCUGAUGAAUCAAUGCUGAUUGUACAUGCAUUACUUGAAGUUGCUUCACAUCCUGAGUUCGAUAUUGCUUCCAUGACUUUUAACUUCUGGCACAAUCUUCAGAUGAUUUUGACAGAAAGGGAGUCAUAUCUUGCUUGCGGCAAUGAAACUUCCAUUGAGGCAGAGAAAACUCGUAGAUUGCAGGUUUUCCGUUCAUCAUAUGAAUCACUUGUCUCCUUGGUUAUCUUCAGAGUCCAAUAUCCUCUGGAUUACUUUGAUAUCUCCAUGGAGGACCAGAGAGAUUUUAAGCAGACAAGAUAUGCUGUUGCAGAUGUCUUGAUUGAUGCAGCAUUGAUCUUAGGAGGUGAACCUACCUUGAAAAUUCUCUAUAUGAAACUAGUUGAGGCCAUCAGUCACUGUGGAAAAGAUCAGAGUUCUGAUUGGCGCCCUGCAGAGGCUGCCUUGUAUUGUAUAAAAGCUAUAUCAGAUUAUGUUUCUGAUAUUGAAGCCGAAGUGAUGCCGCAGAUUAUGUCUUUGCUUCCUAAGCUGCCUCAUCAACCCCAGCUACUUCAGACAGUCUGCUUAACAAUCGGAGCUUAUUCAAAGUGGCUUGAUGCUUCAUCAAAUGGAUUUUCCCAUUUGCCCACACUCAUUGAUAUUCUUGUGAGAGGCAUGAGCACGUGUGAAGAUUCUGCAGCUGCAGCUGCUUUAGCUUUCAGACACAUAUGCAAUGAUUGCAAGAAGAAGCUUUGUGGGUCACUAGAUGGUCUGUUUCAAAUUUACCAAACGGCAGUCAUUGGGGAAGGUCCCUUCAAAGUUUCUGCGGAAGAUUCGUUGCAUCUGGUUGAAGCUUUAAGUAUGGUUAUUACAGAGCUUCCUUCGGAACAUGCUAAGAAGGCACUUGAGGCAGUAUGCCUGCCAUCUGUUGCUCAGUUACAAGAGAUGAUCAAUCAAGGUCCCCAAGUUUUGGGGCAAAAAAAUGCUCGGGAACUAACUGUUCAUUUUGAUCGACUUGCAAAUAUAUUCAGAUAUGUAAAUCACCCAGAAGCGGUUGCAGAUGCAAUUCAAAAACUUUGGCCAAUUUUCAAAGCCAUUUUUGAUGUUCGUGCUUGGGACAUGCGGACAAUGGAGUCUCUUUGCCGGGCUUGUAAAAAUGCUGUACGAACUUCUAAGAGGCUCAUGGGGGUUACAAUUGGGGCGAUGCUGGAGGAAAUACAAGGACUAUAUGGACAACACCAUCAGCCGUGUUUCCUUUAUCUCUCAAGUGAAGUCAUUAAGAUAUUUGGUUCAGAUCCAUCCUGUGCAAAUUACUUGAAAGUUCUCAUUGAGUCUCUCUUUAGCCAUACAGCAUGUCUUCUUACAAAGAUUCAGGAUUUCACUUCCCGUCCGGAUAUAGCAGAUGAUUGUUUUUUGCUGGCAUCAAGAUGUAUCCGAUACUGUCCUCAACUAUUUUUUCCCUCUACUGUGUUUCCAUCAUUGGUGGAUUGUGCCAUGAUCGGCAUCACCGUGCAGCACAGGAGAAGUUGCUCCAACUAGAAUGCUAUACUUGGAAUUAUAGCGUCCAGCAAAGUUUGUCACCAUCCAAUCUGCACCGGUCAUGUUUGAUUCACGUGGAGUAAUACUUCAUCUGGAGCUUAUUAUAUAUGCUGAAGCCUGAAGUAUGCAUCCUGAUGAGUAUCACUAGAGAUUGAAAUUUGUAGUCCUAACUAGAAAGAUAAUAUUAGGUCAGUCAUUGUGAGGUAGUUUAGUUUACCAACUUCUUUUUUAUCUCCCUGGAACACCAAAAGGCUCCUCUGACCUAGUAGAUCACUAAGGGGACCAAAAUCUUAUCUCAUCAUAAAUUGAUUUUUCUUCCCUAUGAGUUAAGUCUCAAUAAUACCAUGGUUUUGUGACAUUGACACAUGUAACUGUCAGAAAAGUGCGGACAAAAAGGAUUCAUGUAGAUAACUAUGAUCAAGUACCUGAGUGAAUGAUACAAGAACUGAAUCACGGGACACGGCCAGUUUGAUUAGCAUGAAUUACUUGAUGAGACAUUAACUGGUCUGAUGCUGAAGGAACACAUAUUCACUGUGUUGGUUGUCAUAUUUUGUUGCAUUUCUCAAUGCAAUAUAAGCAGCAGUUUGUUCCACAUCAAUAUGGCGCUAUAUUUGUUUCCAAAGUCCAUUGCCUACAAUAUGGAUUACAGAGGCCAAGUACCCAUCAUAUUUAGUAAAAGUAUACUUGUAGUUGAAUUUUAAUAUGUCAAGCAUAGAAUCAUCUUUUGAUACUCCCCCGCUGUUUCAAUUUAAGUGUCUUAGUUUGAUUAGGCACAGAGUUUAAGAAAAUUAGGAAACUUUUGAAUCUUGUGGCCUAAAACUAAAGACGUGGGUAAUGUAUCAAGAUUUCUUUUGAAUCUUGUGAUCUUAAACAAACUAUGUAAGAUGGUGGAAUUAGGGAGUUGCCAAUGUCAUUCUUUCUGAAACAUACUAAGACCGAAAGUAAGGCACUUACAUUAAAAUGGCGGGAGUAUAUCAUUGUCCAUUCAUCUAUCUAAUUACUAGAGAACCUAUCAGGAACUGCAAGGGAACUCUGGCCCUUUUAGAUUUGGAUUUCUCCUUCUCUAGUAAUUCUAUUAUCCAAUUUGGUAUGAUAUUUUAUUA